AUGGUGGCCAUUGCGUUCGUUGGCGCUUCGCCCAAGGGCAAAGGAGUCACGAUGAAUAUUCUCUUGUUCAUCAUGGCCUUCCUCCUGGGUUUUGUUGCCGGUGUCGACUUGAACCUUACCAAUCGCAUCGAGUCGACCGACAUCACUGAGAUCGACUGGGAUGAGAAAAAUCCUCCCCUUUGGUCGCUUCGUCCUGAGGAACAUUUUUCCCUCUUUUCUAGCAACAAAGCUGGUAUCGGACCUCUCGGCGAUGAUAAAGAGGACCCCAAGUACAACCCUUGUGAGGAUCGUACCCGUGCUCCCCGUCUCUACAAGUCCUUCUACGGCGCCGACUGUCCUCCUAAGUUCCACUACAUGAGCAUGUCGGGACGCGCUGCUUUCACUUGUGAGAAAUGGGAUGUGGUUAACAAGGAGCUGGAAUGUGCUACUUUCUGCCAAACGCGCACCCAAUUCGAAUGGGCUGAGGAGAGACCCUUCCCCCAUUCCGACUGUCAUUAUCCUGUCAAAUGUUCCAUAUCCGAGCAUGACUCGACCGCAGUUGGUUGGGGAGUCAGUAUGGGUGCGAAAAUUGGUAAAGCACUCAAGGCCGGCGUUUCUGGCAGUUACUCCCAGAAACAAAGUCACUCGUACGGUCGAAGCUACAGCGUCGAGCUGAACGAGACUUUGGCAUGCGGUUACUUCACCUUCGUCGCUGUCAAGAAGAUGGUCUGUGGCAUUCUCUCGGAAGCUGUCCCAGGCCUUAGGUCGUAUCCGUCCGAUGAUGAGGGUGGAGUGACUCAGUACUGCAAUGUAUGGGGUGGUCCGAUUGUGGAUGGCGGCCACUGGGCUCUGAACCAUCACAGCUACUGCACGAACGAACUAUGGGAGAUUGACAACAAACAAGGCAAGCGUGUUCCUGAUGGCGUUUUUAUCUUUGUCUACACCGACUGCAAGACCCGUACGCCGAUGCCCAUGGAGUACCAGUCUGAUAUCUACAAGAAGAAGGGUGUCGCCCUCGACCACCUGACCGUCCGCAGCCUUCACGACUCUUGGAUCUGGAACGACUGCUACUUCUAUGAUUUGGGUAAAGAGAACGGCAAAUACAAGACGCUUUUCAUGCACGGCUCUGGCUUCUCCGACGACCAGAUCGGCGGUCACAAUGGCGAGGGUCUCAUGAAAAAGAUUGCAGACUGCGCUGGUGGCGAUAUCAAGAACGCCAAAUUCAGUUGGUAUGAUAGCGGAUACCCCGGUGAUGAUGCCAAGUUGCGCGGCGCUGUCUGGCUGAUCAGAGCGGAGAUGCCCAAGGGCAUGAAUGGCGGCUGCGUCGGACAAGCCAUCAUGGAUGCCGGUGGAAAAACCGUCGAUCAAUGUCGUGAUGGCAGCUAA